CAACAAAUCCACGGGCAGUGACGACGGGGCGCAGGAGACCAGGCCAACCCACACCUCCCUCAGCCUGAACGCCCUCUGCCGACAGCUGCGGGACUACGCGGCCACGUGGGUACACGACCUCGCUGCGCCAGAAGCGGGGCAAACAUCAUGGACGGCAUGGGGCAACCAGUACGUCACGGCGCUGCUCAGCAACCCUAUUCACAGGCGCCUGCGCGACGAAGUGGAGUUCAUCGCAGGCAUCGACGGCAUCACCAGCUACGUACGCGGCAUCAUCAACCUCGCGUGGAUCGACACGCGGCUGACGGACCACAUCCAGUCCCUUCGGGUUAGCGAAUGGCUGCACGUGGUCGCGAUGCACUGGGCCAACCUUGACGAGGUCCACCGAAUGAUGACGGACACGCUCAACGGCGAGCUCACCAUCCUUGGAGGCCAGCCACCAGAGUGGGCUCCGCCACACGGCACUGCCGCAGGCGUCUGGCCCAUCCACAACUACAACCACAGGCUGGGCAGGACCCCGCCGAAGGUGCUCAGCAGCGCCCAGCCAGCCAGGCAGGGGCCGCCGAGGAAGCAGCAGCGACGGACCUGCCGACACUCGGUGCACAACAAGUCGACCAGCCACAAGCCGAAGCAGUACCAGGAGGAAGACGACAUGCAGCUCAUGCAGACUGCCGUGGGGCCGGCGGGCCACACCGGCUGGGCGCACCCAGCAGUCGUCGAACUUGCACCGCCCGUGGGGGCGGAGGCGCCAGUCAGCACCAAGGCCGACACGCGCGGGAAUGCGACCAAGCGUCCCGCGCAGCGGCCUGCAGGCAAGCCACAGUGCAAGGCGCGUCGCCCAGCGGGACCCGACGCCAGCCCAGACGCGCAGGCCGUGACAGGAUCCCCUGCGGCCAGAGAGGCCAUGGCAGCUGCCGCAGCCCGCCGCGAGGCCAGGCUCAAGGAAGUACUCAACAGGAGUUCUCGCAGCCACGUGGACGACAGCAUCGAGCUCGUCCAGGGUGAGCUCCACGUCAUUGCGGACCACGCCAUCGUCACCAAGUCCCCCUUCAUCAAGAAGGACCGCCCAGGACAGUCGUCGGCAAGGACAUGCACCCGCUCGGUGCCUUCAGGGCGCAGGGGCCGCCUCGACGAGCUCACGAGGGCCAUCGGCCUGAUCGGAGCUGAAUGGCUUCCCCGCGAGUUCCUGCGGAACGAGGAGUUGGACGAGCAGCAAAUGUGGUUGAAGUGGUGCGUCCCCUUUGCGCUGCAGCAGCUGGAGGCCAAGGACAUGGACUGCCUGUUCAACGCGACGGACGAUGACGACUACUGCGACUACAAGAAGCAGCUCGCGGAGGAGGUGUGCCGCACAGCGCGGGGCCGCAGCGUCUCCCUCCGCGAGGUCCCGCGCACCAAAAUCCGCGAGCGACGGCAACAAGGGCAGGGGCUCACCGACGACCAGCAGCGGAUGGCCAAGACCUUCCUCAGGCUCAGUGGCGUGGGCAGCCCUGACUUCCAGCCGCUGAUCCUCCACAACAGCGAAGGCCAGCCUGACAGCAGCGGAGGCGAUGGCAGAGCCAGGAUCGGCACGGCCGAGGCCGUGGCGCUGUUCUUGGCAGCGGCAGCAGCUCGGCCCAGCCCCCGCGAGGAUGAGGCACGCAGCGCUGAUGAUGACGGAGAAGCCGCGCCGAGACCAGCCGCUGUGCAGGCUAAGAUCAACCGCGACGACUGGAAGGACCGCUUAGAGGAGCAGAUCCACCACGCGACCCA